AUGACUGGCCAUCGUGACGAAGUAGAGGAAGAGCAUUCACGCCGAUCACAAGAAACUCCCAAGAGGCGUUUUGCGUCGCUCCCCAACGACGACCCCUUGCCACUUCAGCGCGAACAAGCAGAGAACAGCGACUCAGAUACCUCGACAAGGGAACCGACAAAUCCGGCUCUUUCCAAUCUGCCAGAUGCUACAACCCCUCAAGGAAAAGAUCAUUUGCCUGAGCCACACUCCUCUCAACAAGAGCGCGUGUCGGUUGUCGAUGACCAAGAGGGAAGUCACACAGCUGUAAAUUGCUCGCAAUCUCCACCAUCUCCACGAGAAGAGCGUAGCCCUGCUCGUGAUGGCCUUGAGGACACAACGCAUCGCCCCUCUGUCCCACAACAGCUGCAAUCUGCAGUCGUUACUGACAUAUCCCCCAACAAGGGACAGGAGUUGCUCGCAGAGUACGCAAGAUUACGCCGACUGCCCAUUCUCAGUAUCGACCCAAACACAUACGAUGGUCAACUUCAGUUCUUGGCCAUGAUGCAAGAUUUCGCUUCAUGGAUGGCUUCCAACAGUGGCAGCAUACAGCGCGGAAAUCUCGGUCUUGAAAUACCUCAUCUUGCAGCAGUAUUUUACCCCCAGUACGAAGGAUUAAACACAAUGAUAAUGUCUAAAUGGUCGACUCAGGUCCCCAACCCGAUACAAGGUCGCUUGGAUCAUGUCUUCAGUUCCGGAGACAUGUUCUGGUUCCGCACUUCCGAAUAUGCGACGAAUCCCAAACAGCAGUUGGGCGAUAAAUGUGGGUUAACUGCUCGUGGACUCAUGCUUUCAGGCUGGAGACUUAUCUUAGUCCUGAAGGUCCUCCCGAAUGUGCUACUAUGCACCUGGGGCCGAACUACUGGGGACAGUGAUUUGAGUAAGACAAAUCGCAGGGAUCGAUGGCAGUUUGCACGAUUGCUGCGAUCUGACCGUAGGAAUUGGCCGAGAUAUAUCGAAGCCAAAGACAGCCCCCAUGGAAAUAUCUUCAUGGAUCCGACAAAUGCGAGAGACUGGCCAGUACAGGACUUGAAGGACCAUUGUAACUUCAAUGUGCUUGUAAGUCAAGAAGUCAUCCCCACCGACGGUUUCAAAUAUGCGGGCAGACUCGAAGACGAAAGUCACAAUAGCGUUGAAUGGAUUCGCAACGCCUUUUACUUCGGGAUUGCAGUCAUGCCUGAAGCCCCAACGGGGGUCAACGUGACCGCAGUGCAGCGCGGAAUAGCAGACAUCAGGACGCCUAGAUCCCCACCCAGCGUACCAAAACGAGUAAGGCGAGAUUUCUUUCCCACAGCAGACAAGAUGUUACCUCUCUCCCCAUACAUUCCACCGCCUGCAGGGCAUGCCCCUGUGUAUAAAGACCUCACCGCUACUCCCCGCGUUCCUAGGGUGCUGGAAGGAGGUUUUCUGCUCGUUCUACGUAUGGUCAGGAUCCUGAUCGGCAACGUGGUCGGUCGAGAAGUCGAUCACCGCGCGAUCGUCAGAACGGUCGAUUUCGAGACUAUUCUCGAAGAAGGUCACCGCCUCCUCAACAUCGCUCCGAAACCCUUGAAAGGCGUGGAUGACCAGAAACACGUGACGAGACUAACCACCGGUCAGAAGACUACGACCGAUCUCAAUCUCGACAUCAGCGUUCGCCGACACGUCGAUUCGAACAGCCUCCUGACUUGCGUCUUGAUAAUUACAUCAAUAAACCUACGUUGA